AUGCCACAGCCUUUCACGGCCCGAGAGCAGAAAGCAGAUAAAAAGCCCGCAGCCCAGUCACGGUGCCUCUACAGCCGCACCAACAGCAAGAGGCACACACAAGCCCGCACUUACUGCAGUUUUGUGGGCCAUGGGUACCUAAUUGGCCAGGGUUCCAAAGUGCAGAAAAUGUGGGAGGAACCGGCCAAUCACCAAACAGGAGAGGGCUUACGUCUGCUCAUGCGCAGUGCCUUCAGGGUGCCCGGAAGCACCAAGUUCGAGCAAAGUAACAUGAGCUCAGUUAUAUGCCCAGCCAUUCUGAGGAGCCUCCUGGUGGCCUGCAGUCUUGCCUCAGCAUUCUUCCUUACAGCUUCCUGGGAGAUUAAGACAAGUGACCUGGAGGAAAAGAAUGUUGAUGAAUUCAGUUCCAAUGGUCUUAAAUGCCCAACAUGCUUUGCAGUACAGAAAAGAAAAUGUGAUGCUGAAUUCAGAUGGUGUUCAGAAGAUAAAAUAAAAUGUCUUGAAUUCUCUGGAAUCAUAAACACAGGUUUUAACAACACAGCAAUUGAAAUGAAGAAAUGCAUAAAAGCAGACCUAUGCAAAGAGCCAGUAACUUCUUAUAUGGGCUUUCCAGUUGUUAAUGAAAGUAUAAAUUGCCGAUCAGCCACCUCAAAUGGAGCCAAGAUUCAACUUCCAACUCCUGUUGUCUUUGUUCUCUUCCUCGAAAAGUUACUUCAUUGA